AUCAAAUAAUGGGUAGCAAUAAGGAACCGAAAAUCGACUAUUUGGACAUUUUAAAAGAACAAUUUAACGCUCUACAGUCUGAACAUCUGGAACUCCGUCGAAAAUACGAGCUCGAGUGCUCUUCAUCAACUCCCGACUCUUUUCCUUCCCGCCUCCUGUCUCUGACGUCAUCACUCUUGGAAAAGCCACGCUUCAGUGACGUCACAUUCAAAUUCGCUGGAAAUUCCCUGAAAUCGGUUCCCGCUCACAAAUAUGUGCUCGCCGCCCGCACAGAUUUCUGGAAAUUCGAGAAUGGUGGUGAUGAAAAAUCUGAAAUUCAAAUUUCUGAUGACGUGGAUUUCGAGGCAUUCCACGUGGCGAUACGGUGGAUUUACACCGACGAAAUUGAUCUGAAAAUGGAGGACGAGAAGCUGCUAAAAGUGUGUGAAACUGCCACAAGUUUCCGAUUAGAGCAGCUUAAAAAUGUAUGUGUUCAACAACUGGGCGCCCGUCUCCACGUGGAUAAUUGCAUCAAAAUCUAUGAAUUCGCUGAAAAACAGUCUCUCCGUCAACUUUCCACAGUCGCCGGCUCGAUGAUUGCGGGGGCGUGGCCGAAACUUGGCCCCGCCCACUUUGCACAAAUGACCGCCGCAUUGUUGUAUCGAUUGAUUGAUGGAAAUACCAAAAACGUGCUUCACUCGAUUGUGUCUAUUGGUCGGGAAGAUGUACUUUUCCUGUAUUUUAUGCAAAAUUCUGCGAAAAUUCCAAAAAUCCUGAACGAUUUGGACCCGCAAGGAGCCAGUGCACUUGAAAUUGCACUUUGCUCGGAGCACGAAAAAUCCCGUCAAAUCGCCGCCCAACUCGUCGAAAAAGGCGCCGAUGUGAAUGUGAAGGAUGCAGAAAGAGGAGAAACAAUUCUGAUGAGGAUGUGCAGAAAAGAGAACCUUUCGGCAAUGGAUUUCCUGCUCGGCAACGGAGCCGAUGGCCGAGAUUCGCAAUCGCCCGGAGACUACAAUGUAGUCCACGUGGCAUCUCGCAUCCCGUCGCCGGCACUGGCCACGUGGAUUUCAGAGAACAAGGAGAAGCUGGAUUUGGACAAGGUUGACGCGGAAGAGAGAACUCCGCUAAUCUGUGCAGUAAUGGCGAAUAAUCAUAUAAUGUGUGAAACCCUCAUCCGUAGUGGUGUCAACUGUGACGUCACAACAUCAGAAGGUCACACAGCACUUUCCACGUGUCUUUUGAUGUCCGAUGCACCGAAUCGACGAAUCGCCGAGCUUCUGAUGCUCAACGGAGCCGGCGUGAAUUUUGCGAUUUGUGACUCGAAAACUCCGUUUUUCAAUGAAAUUGUCUCGCGGAAAGAUGUCGCUUCAGUCGAGGCACUGCUCGCCGCCAAUGUGGAUUGCCACGUGGCAGACGGGCGGGGCCAGACGGCAUGCCACGUGGCAGCUGAAGCCGGAGCUCCAGAGAUUUUGAGCAAAAUUGUGGAGGCACGACGUGGGCUGAAAUGGCCUAGAGAUGCGGAUGAUCGGACAGCGUUGGAUAUUGCUGUGGAGAAGAGAGAUCUGAAAUCAGCGAGGAUCUGUAUAAAGGGCGGCGCCGAUGUAAAUGCCCGUGACGCCAAUGGACAAACUUUGCUCGUCAAGGCGAUUCUGGCAAAUGACGAUGAAAUGGGUGUUUUCUUGAUCGAGCACGAUGCCAAGGCCAAGAACGAUGAACGAAUUUCAUCGAAAACCUACGUGGAAGCCGCUUGCGAACGUGGGCUCCUCAACACAGUUCGCUCAUUUAUUUCGAACGGCUGUAAACUGAAUUCCCGAUGCUCCACGGGCUACUCGUUGCUCCAUUCGGCUCUUUCUCAUCAGAAGCUCGAUGUCGCCUCGCUGCUUGUGAAUUUCGGAUGUGACGUGGAAUCUAGGGUGGCUCUGGGAGCCGGUGGAGAAGUGUUGGACGAUGGGGAUGAGUCCUGGAUCACAAAACAGACACUUUUGCACCGACUUAUCGACGACGGCGACCAACAAUCCGCAGUUUUCCUUAUCGAAUCCGGAGCCGACGUGAAUGCCCGUAAAGAGUACCGUAACCCGACGGACGAUGAUCAGUUUACACCGGCUCAUAUGGCCGUGUCAUGGGCUCAAAAUGAUGUGCUCCGCGCGCUGCGAGACCACUCGGCCAACCUCUGUGACGUGGACUCGGAUGGCCGAACACCGGCACAUAUUGGAGUACGAGAGCAGAAUGUCGACGGGGUUAAGAUCUUACUCGACGCGGAAAACGUUGAAUUCAUACCGAUUCGCGAUAAGUUCGGACAAACGAUUCUCUCGCAGGCGAUGGCAAUGAAGGAUCAUCAGAUCGCAUCGCUCAUCGUGGCACGCCAACCACACGCCGCUGUUCAAACAAAUGGAAACGGAGAGAACCUUCUACAUCAAGCAAUUCGUCAGAAUGACAUUGAAAGUGUACUUUUCCUACUGGCAGUGGCGAAAGCCGAUCCGUGCCGCCCGAUUACAGAUGGUUCACUGAAAACGCCGCUUCAUCUGGCUGCAAUUGCAAAAGACGAGAUGAUUCUUCGAAAUUUGAUUUUGGUGAAUGAUGACGUCAACGUGACGUCAGCCGAUGGAACAACACCGCUUUUGGAGGCUUUAAAGGCGCGUAACGACAAGCAUGCGGCGAUUUUAAUGGAGAACGGUGCGGAGCCAAAUGUCAAGGAUGAGUACGGGGAAAAUGCUAUGCUCUGCGCUGUCCGAAGUGGCUCCCUAGACUGCAUCCGAGCAGUUGCAGACAGUUCCAGAACAAAUCGAUACGCGAGGAAUAAAAUCGGCUACACGUCACUCCACAUCUGCGCUCUACUGACAAUCGACAAGCUGCCAAAACGAACGUCGAGCAGUGACGUCAUCGAGCUGGUGCUCAUCUAUGCGGAAGAGGAGGCCCAGGCACAGAAUGAGAAACAGUUUGCGGGAUUUAUUGAUGCACGGGAUGCGGAUGGGAAUACGGCUCUGAUGAUUGCCUAUUCACAGGGGAAUGCUGGCGUUUGCAGAUCCCUUCUGAAACGCCGAGCAUGCAUGGGACAACGGAAUAAUGGAGAUGUGAAUGUAUUCACUUAUGAAACUGCCACAAAGCAGCUGCUCUUGGGAUUACUCGAAUCCCUGGAAGCCGAACCCCGCUGGUCGGACGGUGACACUUGCGACUGCGGCGCCCGUUUCUCGCUGACGUCACGAAAACAUCACUGUCGCCAUUGUGGUCGCCACGUGUGCUCCAAGUGCUCGGAGACGACGAUGCCCAUCGCGAAAUACGGAGAAGAGAAGCGGGUUCGAGUGUGUGAUGUGUGUGCACACGUGAUUUCGACCGGCACCGCGCCCCGGCGAUAGGAUUUUUAUCAAUUUUUUUCAUAUUUUCGAAAAUUGCAUGUCUGUACAAAACUCACCGGUUAUUUAUUUUUAUUUAUUUUCCUAUGCCUAUUGUGUAUGUGCCUUAUUUAUAUUUUGUUGAAAUUAAUUUCGAAAUUGCCCCCCGAGAAAUAUAUAAAUUAUUAUUAUUUUAAAAU